AACAUCACAGAAUCUACGAAAUGAAUCCACGAGUAAAAGUUUUAUUAGCCGGUCGCUUAUCAUAUGGGGUCGGUUUACAUUUACAAAAGACUUUGUCGGAUCAUCAUCACAAACAUUUAACCAAAUCAGCGAAUACAUUAGUACUCCUAGAACACGAACCGGUAUACACGGUGGGAAUUCGAAAAGGAGUAUACACGGAGGCAGACGAGAAAAAAUUGAGGAGCCUCGGCGCGGAUUUCUGGAAGACGAAUCGUGGCGGACUUAUCACCUUUCAUGGACCCGGCCAACUGGUAGCUUAUCCGAUACUCGAUCUGAAGCAAUUCCGUACAAGCAUUAAAUGGUACAUACGCCAGGUGGAACAUACGGUGAUACGCGUGUGCGCCGAACUCGGCAUUAAGGCCAUGACUUCGCCACACACUGGAGUUUGGGUCGGCGAUCGCAAAAUUUGCGCAAUAGGCGUCCAUGGCAGCCGUUAUAUUACUACCCAUGGCCUCGCACUCAACUGUAACAUUAAUCUCGGGUGGUUCGAACACAUCGUACCAUGCGGUAUCGAGGGCAAAGGUGUAACCAGCAUUUCUAAGGAGCUAGGCACGGACAUAACGGUCGACGACGUGAUACCGAUCUUUCGAAGCGCUUUUAGCGAGCAUUUUGAAUGUGAGCUAAUUAAUUAUUCGUCCAGCGAGGCUUCGCAGCUAUUGCGAGACGCGCAUAAUGUUUUAAGAAUAUAAUAAAUAAAUAAUUAAUCCAUUUAAUA